AUAUAUAUAUAUAUAUAGAGAGAGAGAGAGAGAGAGAGAGAGAGAGAGAGAGAGAGAGGAAGAAACACUCUCUAAUUUGGGUGAUGCCAAAAGCCCAUUGACAUCAUCCAAUACCUCUCCUCUCUCUGGAUCUUAAGUUGGGUUUUUGCUCUAGUGAGUGUUGUUGCGAUCAGAGCUCGCGUGGGUCUCAACCUUUUAUUUUUUUGGCAAUCUUGUGUUAUCAUGCAAAAUUCACGUACACUUUUUCUAUAAGGGCUUGCAUUUGCUUUCUUUGCCUUUUGUUCUCGCUUAUUCCACUCACUCUACUAGUCCAGCUUUUGCCCAUUUGUCCAAACGUAACUCAGAAGCAAAAAUCACUCCAACUUCACCACCACAAAGCCAAAAAAAGGAGGACAAAAUCGAAAAACAGCAACGUUUUGGGGUAUAGAAUCCAGCACUUUAUUAUAUAAGUGCUGACAUACUUCACCAUUCUCUUUGUCCAUCAAAUUGUAUCCCGCUUCUUCGUGCUCUGUCCCCCGAGCAGCUUAUAUAUAUUGCGAUGGACCGCCUCUCAUCGACGCCGAUAUUUUCGGUCCCGGACAACAUCUUGGGCCGAAUCAGGCUGGUCUGGCAACAGACUAGAGAACCUCUGAUAGUUCCAUUGCUGAAGGUCUUGGUGGCGGUGUGCUUGGUGAUGUCCACAAUGCUGUUUGUGGAGAGGGUUUACAUGGGGAUCGUUAUCUUCUUCAUCAAGCUGCUUCGGCGGCGACCCGAGAAGCAGUACAAGUGGGAGGCGAUGGGGGACGACAUCGAGGCUGGGAGCUCAGCUUAUCCCAUGGUGCUAGUGCAAAUCCCCAUGUACAACGAGAAAGAGGUUUACCAGCUAUCCAUUGGAGCUGCAUGCGGGCUUUCGUGGCCGGGUGAUCGGAUCAUAAUACAAGUUCUUGACGAUUCGACGGACCCGGCUAUUAAGGAGCUAAAGAAACUAGAGUGCCAAAGAUGGGCGAGCAAAGGCAUCAACAUAAAGUAUGAGAUUCGAGACAACAGGAAAGGUUACAAAGCCGGGGCACUCAGAGAAGGCAUGAAGCACGGCUAUGUCAAGCAAUGCGACUAUGUAGCCAUCUUCGAUGCCGAUUUCCAACCCGAGCCUGAUUUUCUGUGCCGGACCAUACCUUUCUUAGUCCACAACCCCGAAAUCGGGCUCGUCCAAGCUCGGUGGAAGUUUGUGAAUUCUGAUGAAUGCUUAAUGACGAGGAUGCAAGAAAUGUCACUAGACUACCAUUUCACUGUGGAACAGGAAGUGGGCUCUGCAACCUACGCCUUCUUCGGCUUCAACGGGACAGCGGGUGUGUGGAGGAUCUCUGCUCUGAAUGAGGCCGGAGGAUGGAAAGACCGAACGACCGUUGAGGACAUGGAUUUGGCUGUGCGGGCUAGUCUCAAAGGAUGGAAAUUCGUCUAUGUCAGUGACCUCAAGGUGAAGAGUGAAUUGCCAAGUACGUUCAGGGCAUACCGCUACCAGCAGCAUCGGUGGUCUAGUGGCCCCGCCAAUCUCUUCCGGAAAAUGGCGGUGGAAAUCCUCAGGAACAAGAAAGUCUCCAUGUGGAAGAAGUUCUACGCGAUAUACAGCUUUUUCUUCGUCCGGAAGAUCGUGGCCCACAUCGUCACGUUCGGGUUCUAUUGCAUCGUCAUGCCGGCGACUGUGCUGGUUCCAGAAGUAGAAGUCCCCAAAUGGGGCGCUGUCUAUAUCCCCUGCACUGUCACUCUCCUCAAUUCAGUUGGUACUCCAAGGUCACUCCAUCUGCUGGUGUUCUGGGUCCUGUUCGAGAAUGUGAUGGCGCUGCACCGGACCAAGGCGACCUUCAUUGGGCUGCUGGAGGCGGGUCGAGUGAACGAGUGGGUCGUCACCCAGAAACUAGGCGACGCCCUCAAGACGAAGCCGGGCAACGCUCACAGAAGGCUUCGCAUUUGGAUCGGACAAAGAGUCCAUGUGGUGGAGCUCUGCGUUGGAGCCUAUCUCUUCAUCUGUGGAUGCUACGACUUGGCUCACGGCAAGAACCGCUACUUCGCCUACCUCUUCCUUCAGUCCUUCGCCUUCUUUGUUGCUGGGAUUGGCUAUGUGGGCACGUUCGUUCCCAUCUCUUAGCCUUAGCACACAGAUUAAAAAUAAAAUAUAUAAAAAAAGAUACCAUCAUCAUCAUCAUCAUCAUAAUAAUUAUUAUUAUUCAUUUGGAGGGGCUUUUGCUCUCAGAAUUGUUGUAUUCUGAUGUGAUUAAUACGAGGAACACUUCGAUUCCAUUCUCUGUGUAGAGCACAAGGAUGCUGCUAUUGUGCUCUGUUAUUGUACCGUUACUUCUGCAGAAAUCAUGUACGAGUCUAGUCAAACGCUUUUGGCUCAA